AUGAGUGCAAGGCCGAAUCAGAGGAACAUCAAGUGGGUGGAGGGUCUCCGCGGCAUCACGUCGAUCCUGGUUAUCUGCACCCACGUCACGCGAGCGUUCGAUUUCGCCUUGUUCUGGCCUGCCGAUGAGAUACACAAGCCGCCUAGAUUACUACAGCUCCCGUACCUGCGGAUACCAUAUCAGGGCCGCAUUGGCGUGCCUAUCUUCGCCUUCCUGACCGGCUUUGUGUGCGCCUACAAGCCCCUGAAGCUUGCCUACCAACACGGCAAUGCUCCCGCCUCGCUCAAAGCCGUUGCGCGAAGCGCAUUUCGUCGGCCGCCACGGCUCAUCCUACCCGCCAUGAUCGCGACCCUAAUAAGCUUCGUGCUGUCGUGCUUGGGGGCAUACAAGGCGGCGAACCGCUGCGAUAGUUUCUGGGUUCGAUUCGACGCGCCCGCUCCUCUCCCGUUCCGCGAGAACCUCAAGCGGCUGUUCAGCACGUCCCUGACGACAUGGACAAACACCGAGAACAUCUACGACAGACAUCAGUGGGCUAUGCGUCCGCUGCUGAUUGGGGCUUUCCAGGUGUACAUUGUGCUCGCCGCCACGAUUGGGAUGCGCUUCAAAUACAGGAUAUUGGUCCAUGUCCUGCUGAUCCUGUACUGGUUGAUCAAUGUCAAUCCCAUGACCGAAACGUUUGGUGCCAUGCUUGCACUCGGUACCCUGCUUGCCGAGCUGGCACAGCACCGGCCGACGCAGAACUUCAUCUCAUCGCACCAACGCGUGCUCACCUUCAUUGUCGCCCCUAUUCUUCUCCUAGUCGGCGGCUACAUUGGCUCGUAUCCGCACGAGCAUGAAGACUGGGCCUCCUGGUCCCUCAGCCUCCACCGGUUUCUUGUCAACCCAGACGGGGACGAGAUCAGGGGCAGCUUUUUAGUGCCGAAGGGAGCUGAUGCUCCCCGUCGGACAUCGGCAUACUUCAUCAUGUGUACCGCCGUCUCCAUCUUUAUCUCGCCGCUUCUCCAGAAACUCCUUUCCCACCGCCUCUUAAUCUGGCUAGGACACCACUCCUUUGCCGUCUAUCUCGUACAUGGCACAAUCCUGCGAACUGUGGGCAUCUGGAUCGUGUAUGGCAUCACCGGCGAACCCUGGCAAGAGGCUGGCAAGAAUGAGGACGGGUCGAAAAAGGAGCAGGAGUGGCUGCAUCCAAAGUCGCGAUCACACAAGAUGGCCGCUAUCCUGGUCUUUACGAUCCUGACCUAUAUCGCAGCGUGGGCAUGGAUGAAAUACGUCGAUGCGGCUUGCGCCAGGGCCACGCAAUGGCUAGAAAGCAGGGUCUUUGAUGAGGAGGACGGCGAGAGCAAAGACGACAUCGCAGAGAAGGGAUACGGACAUAUUAACGGCAAUGGGAGACUGCCGCGGCCUCAUGAGGCAGGGAGCUAG